AUGAGUGACAAAAAUUCUAUAUUAGAAAGGCUGAGUAGGAGAGACGCACAACGCUUAGAAAAACUUCAAAAAGCUCACAAAGCCAGAGAGGAAGUCGAUGCUUCCAAUGAAAAUGAAGAUUUUUUCUCUGGAGCUUUCAAAAUUAAAUCUGAGUAUAUAGAACAACUGCUAUCUCAAGUUCCUACAUUAGAGGUGUCAGUGUUACCUUCCCAUUUUGAUAAUAUUAAAAGAGAAGUCAAUGAACUGCAAAAAUAUGUUGUCACAUCCUCAUUUUUUCUCAAAGAGUUUAACAUGCGCAAAUAUUUGGGAAUUGUACAAAAUUUACAAUCAAAAUGUUAUGAAUUAGAAGACAGAUAUGUCCCUCGUAAAAAGUUUGGAUUCACAAAGAAGAAAUUGCCAAAAUCUGACAGUCACAAGCAAAAUUCAAUAGAUGAUCAUGAUGGUGUGGACAAAGUGGACAGUAACAAAUGGGAUGAAAAAUUUUUUGGCUUUGAUUCACAGAAUGGGAAGGUGCUUCUACUGGAAAAUGAUGAUCUAUUCCAAAGAGAUGUCGCAUUGAGAAAUCUUAAAAAUUGUACAAUUGGUCUCAAAGGUGUUAUGGGAACAUUGCACUUGACAAAUUUGGAUAAUUGUGUCAUUCUCUCUGGUCCAGUAACUUCAUCUGUGUUUGUAGAUAAGUGUACAAAUUGUAAGAUAGUCGCCGCUUGCCAGCAACUCCGCAUGCACACUUCAAAUAAAUGUGACAUUUACCUUCAUGUCACAAGUAAGGGUAUUGUUGAAGAUUGUUCAGAAAUAAGGACAGCACCAUACAAUUUACGCUAUGAUGAUUUAGAGAAGCAUUUUAACAUGUCGUCUUUAGAUAGGAAUAAUAAUAAUUGGGACAGUUUGGAUGACUUCAAUUGGCUGGCUCCAGAUGUACCCUCACCAAACUGGUCAAUCUUGGAUGCGAAAGAUUGUGUUCAUGAUUGGACAGAAUGGUGGUCAAAGGUUCCAUCAUAA